AUGAGGUUCCUCUGCCUCGUCUUCGCCGUCUUCCUGCUGGUCUCCCUGGCCACCCCAGGCUACGGGCAGGUGAGGAAGUACUGCCCCAAGGUCGGGUACUGCUCCAGCAAGUGCUCCAAGGCGGACGUGUGGUCCCUGUCCUCUGACUGCAAGUUCUACUGCUGCCUGCCACCCGGCUGGAAGGGGAAAUAA